CCACAAGUAGCAGAAGAAGACAUUUUCACACCUUGUUGAGUUUUUGAAGGACAAUUUGUCUUAAGAAGCAAAGCCGUUGCAAUAAGUCGGCCUACAGUGAGGUGUGUUUGGUUAUCCCGUCUGCUACGUCUGCUCAUCGCCAUGGCAGCGGCCCUCCCCAUGUGUUAUCACGGUGCCAUCAACAAGAAGAAGGCUGAGGACCUUCUGGGAAAGAUCAACAAGGAUGGAGCCUACCUGAUUCGAGACAGCGAGACCAUACAGGGGGCCAUGUGCCUGUGUGUUUAUAAACAGGGGAUGGUGUACACAUACAGAUUAUUUCAGACACAUUCAGGACAUUACAUUCUGAUGUCCGCAGCAGAUGUGUCUGAGAUGCCUUUCAAAACGUUAGAUGAUCUGAUCCGGCACUAUAAAAUGAGGAACAAAGGCCUAGUCAUGCAUCUGCGCUACUCCGUUGAAAGGAAGACAGCCAUGUUACUCCGCCCCAGAAAGUCCCACACUGAAGAGCCUCCCUGUGAAAAGAUCCACAAAGCUCCUGACAAUUCAGACUAUGUUGAAGUGUUACCCUCCUACCCUCCUACUCGCUCACAUCGCCCGCUGCAUAGACCCUGA